UCAAGAGGGUUGAAAGUUAGAUUGCUGAAAGCGAAAGGAGCAAAAGUGUAAAUUAAGAAAUGAGCAGGGUAUUAAAAUCCCGCGAAGAAACAUCCAUCCAUCCAUCCUCCAUUGAUAUCUGACUCUGUCAACAAUGAGUGGAUUGUACGAAUCGAUAGAUGAGUUCUUGAAUAAGUGUUCAGAGUCAGGUGACUCCGCUUACAGCGCAUUAAGAUCAUUACUGGAGCGCCUCGAGAAUCCGGAGACGCGAAUUGCAGCCAGGGUCUUCUUCGCACGUCUACAAAAAAAGCUCCACGAUGAUGGAGCCUCCUCACAACAUUGCCUCCAAACUUAUCAUUUUCAAAUCCAGGAUAUAUACCUCCAGCCUGAUGAAGGUUACCAGAAUAGAAAAAAAUUAACAAUGAUGGUGAUACCAAGCAUCUUUAUGCCAGAGGACUGGUCCUUCACUUUCUUUGAGGGAUUAAACAGACAUCCAGACUCUAUCUUCAAGGAUAGGACUGUUGCAGAGCUUGGUUGUGGAAAUGGAUGGAUUUCCAUAGCCAUUGCUGACAAGUGGUUGCCAUCCAAGGUUUAUGGCCUUGAUAUAAAUCCAAGAGCAGUAAAGAUUUCAUGGAUAAAUUUGUAUUUAAAUGCUUUUGAUGAGAAUGGACAGCCUGUUUUAGACCAGGAGAACAAGACUUUGCUUGACAGGGUAGAGUUUUAUGAAUCUGAUCUGCUAUCUUACUGUAGAGAUAACCACAUAGAGCUUGAACGGAUUGUCGGAUGUAUACCGCAGAUUCUUAACCCAAAUCCAGAUGCAAUGUCGAAGAUUAUCACAGAAAAUGCUAGCGAGGAGUUUCUACAUUCACUAAGUAACUAUUGUGCACUUCAGGGGUUUGUUGAGGAUCAGUUUGGUUUAGGUCUAAUUGCUAGGGCUGUUGAAGAAGGAAUUGAUAUUAUUAAGCCAAUGGGAAUCAUGAUCUUCAAUAUGGGAGGGCGUCCUGGGCAAGGUGUUUGUCAACGUUUAUUCGAACGUCGUGGGCUCCGUGUUAACAAGCUUUGGCAGACCAAAAUUCUUCAGGCUUCUGACACUGACAUUUCAGCUUUAGUCGAAAUUGAAAAGAAUAACCCACACCGUUUUGAAUUCUUCAUGGGUCUUGUUGGAGACCAGCCCAUUUGUGCUAGAACAGCAUGGGCCUUUGGAAAGGCUGGUGGACGCAUCUCUCAUGCUUUAUCUGUUUACAGCUGUCAGCUUCGCCAUCCUAAUCAGGUUAAGAAAAUUUUUGAGUUUCUGAAAAACGGCUUUCACGACAUCAGCAAUUCCUUGGAUUUAUCUUUCGAAGAUGAUUCUGUUGCGGAUGAGAAGAUCCCUUUUCUAGCAUACCUUGCUGGUGUUUUGAAUGACAGCUCCGGCUUUCCAUAUGAGCCUCCAAUUGGAAGCAAAAGAUUCCGUGAUCUUAUUGCGGGUUUUAUGAGAACAUAUCACCAUGUACCGCUCAGUGCUGAUAAUGUUGCUAUAUUUCCUUCAAGGGCUACUGCUAUUGAGAAUGCUCUCCGGUUGUUCACUCCACGUCUUGCCAUUGUUGAUGAACAUCUUACCCGACACUUACCCAGACAAUGGUUAACAUCAUUAGAAAUUGAGGAUAAAAAGGACAACAAAAGUGCAACAGAGGGAAUUACUGUUAUUGAAGCACCACGGCAGUCAGAUUUGAUGAUUGAGCUAAUAAAAAAGUUAAGGCCACAAGUGGUGGUCACAGGGAUUGCUCCAUUUGAGGCAAUUACCAGUUCAGCUUUUGAGCAUCUUUUACGUGUUACAAGGGAAAUUGGGUCUCGUCUGUUUAUAGACAUAUCUGACCAGUUUGAGCUUUCGAGCCUCCCCACUUCAAUUGGAGUUUUGAAAUAUCUUGCUAGAACUCCACUUCCUUCUCAUGCAGCCAUAAUAUGUGGCUUGUUAAGAAAUCAGGUGUAUACCGAUCUUGAAGUAGCUUUUGUGAUAUCCGAAGAACAAACUACAUUUGAUGCUUUGUCUAGGAGUGUGGAACUCUUACAAGGCAAUACUGCCCUAAUCAGUCAAUAUUACUAUGGUUGUCUUUUCCAUGAGCUUUUGUCCUUUCAGCUUCCUGAUAGACGUCCACCUGCAGAGAGAGACGCUGAGGAUGUGAAAUCCAGAGACAUGAUAGGAUUUUCAAGUUCAGCAAUCUCAGUUCUGAGCCAAUCAGAAUUGUCGGUUAGAGAAACAGAAAAAACAUCUAUACUUCACAUGGAUGUAGAUCAAAUAUUUCUGCCUACACCAACCCCAGUUAAGGCUGCAAUCUUUGAAAGUUUCGCAAGGCAGAAUGUAACCGAAUCCGAGUGUGAUGUCACACCCAACCUUACGCAAUUCGUAAAAUAUGCUUACAACUUCACAGUUGAGCACACUGCAGAAGUCAUAUAUGCAGACUUUCCCCUUGCUCUUUUCAAUAAACUUGUCCUCUGCUGCAUCGAAGAAGGGGGAAGCCUAUGCAUUCCAGCUGGAUCAAAUGGCUGUUAUCUAUCAGCUGCCAAGUUUUUAAAUGCAAACAUCGUGUCUAUACCUACACAGGCUGAAUUAGGUUUUAAACUAACCGAGAAGCAACUGAGUUUAGUAUUGGAGAGUGUUAAUAAGCCAUGGGUGUAUAUUUCGGGGCCAACAAUAAACCCAACAGGUUUGCUUUACAGCAAUGCGGAGAUGAAAAGCUUGUUGACAGUUUGUGCUAAAUAUGGGGCAAGGGUUAUUAUUGAUACUUCAUUCUCAGGUGUCGAAUUUAACUCCAAGGGUUGGGAUGGGUGGAAUUUGGAUGCAUGUUUAACUGGAAAACCGUCUUUUAAUGUGUGUUUGCUUGGAGGCUUGUUUUUUAAGAUACCUACAGGUGGGCUUGCAUACGGGUUUCUAGUUCUAAAGCAGGGAUUUUUGGCUGAUUCAUUUCAUAGUUUCUUGGGGUUGAAUAAGCCUCACAGCACUAUUAGGUAUACUGCAAAGAAAUUGCUUGAACUUGGAGAGCAGAAAUUGGAUUUAACGGGUGUUGCUCAAGAACAGGGAAUAAUGCUGGCUACUAGAUUUAACCGUCUCAAAGAGACACUCGAGAAAUGUGGAUGGGAGGUAAUUGAGGCUUGUGGAGGCGUUUCCAUGAUUGCAAAACCUUCUACUUAUCUUGGCAAAAGCAUUAAGCUGGAAAAAGAUGGUAAUACAUGGGAAGCCAAACUGAGUGACACCAACAUCCGAGAAGCAAUGCUGAGAGCCACAGGUUUAUGCAUCAAUGGACCUUCUUGGACUGGAAUUCCAGGAUACUGCCGAUUCACUUUAGCCCUGGAAGAUGGUGAUUUUGACCGAGCUUUGGAUUGCAUUCUGAAAUUCAAGCAACUUGUCAAAUAACUCCAGUCAAAUCUUAUUUCAUAUAAUAAGCCAUGCAUCUACUAUUUUGUGUUUUCCACAACUUUCAAGUGUUGUAUACACAUGUUUACAUCAUGUUAAAGAAAACUUCCUUUCUAGCGUUGUAUACAUCAUGUUAAAGAAAACUUCAUGGAUGUUAUAUACAAACAUUAUUUUAACUGAGUUUCACCACCGCAUAAUGGGUAUUAUUUG